UCCGUUGCAAAUCAAAGUACACCCCGACAAAAAAAGGGAAGCUGCAACAACAAUUUUUUUUUGUCAGCGGGUAAGGCAUAAUUACGGUUUAAUAUUUAGGAGUUACCAAAUCUAUUUCAAUUUUUUAAGUGAAAGUAGAGUUUAAGAGAAAGUAAAUAUUGACACCGUUACAGUUAAGAAGACAUUACUCAACAUACCAUUGCUGUGCGAAAACGCUUGAAUAGGGUAGCUUACUUAACAACAUACAGAGGAUUCAAACGAUAUUGGGCAACAACAAAAAACAGAAACUAUCUCCAAGCAAUGAGCAACUCUUCCUCCUAUAGUGCAGGUGUUCUGCAGGCGUCUUUCUCAUGACUGCUGUUGGUUCAGUGGAGAGGUACUACGUCGGAGUGGACGUGGGUACUGCCAGUGUGAGGGCCGCUCUGGUCACCAGGGAUGGUCAGGUUAAAACCACGGCAGAGGAACCAAUCAGCAUCUGGGAGCCCCUCUCAGGUCAUUAUGUUCAGUCAUCCACGGAGAUCUGGGCUAGGUGUUGCAGCACUGUCAAAAGAGUGACCCAAGAAGUCCAGAGAAGCCAGGUCAGAGGGAUUGGUUUUGAUGCCACCUGCUCUCUUGUGGUCCUGGACCAGAACUUCCAGCCUGUGGCCGUCAACCAAGAUGGUGAGCAGGAAAGGAAUGUGGUGCUGUGGAUGGAUCAUCGCUCUGCAGAGCAGGCAUCUCGCAUAACCAGCUAUGGCCACAGGGUCCUGAGGAGGGUGGGAGGGGUCAUGUCACCAGAGAUGCAACCCCCGAAGCUGCUUUGGCUCAAAGAGAAUCUGAGGGAGAGCUGCUGGAAGGAUGCGGCGCACUUCUUCGACCUUCCUGACUUCUUAUCUUGGAAGGCUACGGGAUCUUUGGCUAGGUCCUUAUGCACUCUGGUGUGUAAGUGGACUUACUGCCCCAUAGACGGAUGGGAUUCCAGUUUCUGGACAGACAUCGGCCUGGAGGACCUGCUGGAAAACAACCAUUCCAAAAUAGGCAGCCUGACCUGCUGUCCAGGGAGCCAUGUGGGGGAGGGCCUCACCCAGGAGGCUGCAGCCGGUCUGGGGCUGGACAGGGGCACUGCCGUGGGGGCCUCCCUCAUAGAUGCCCACGCUGGAGGCUUAGGCGUGAUUGGUGCAGAUGUACGAGGUUUCCGUCUGCCAUGUGAGGACCAGCCAAUCACAUCGCGCAUGGCUGUGAUCUGUGGAACGUCGUCCUGCCACAUGGCGAUCAGCCAGCAGCCUUUGUUUGUCCCUGGGGUUUGGGGACCCUACCUGUCGGCAAUGGUGCCCGAAAUGUGGCUUAAUGAGGGAGGCCAGAGUGCCACAGGAAGACUGAUUGAUCAUGUAGUGAAGGGCCAUGUGGCCUACACCCAGCUAAAGGAGGAGGCAACAAAAAGGGGGGAGAAUGUUUAUGCCUACCUGAACUCACACCUGGGCUCCAUGGCCAAGGACCAGUCCUCAGUGGACCUGCUGGCCUCCAGCCUGCAUGUGUGGCCAGACUUUCAUGGGAACCGGUCGCCCCUGGCAGACCCUACUCUGAGGGGCGCGGUGGUGGGGCUGUCGCUGUCCCAAACCCUGGGUGACCUAGCCUUGCUGUAUCUUGCUACUGUACAAGCCAUUGCUCUUGGCACCAGACAUGUCCUUGAGGCCAUGAGGAAGGCAGGACAUGACAUCACAACCCUUUUCCUGUGUGGGGGGUUGAGUAAGAACCCUCUUUUUGUGCAGAUUCAUGCCAAUGCUACAGGUUUGCCGGUGGUCCUUCCAGCCCAGACUGAAGCAGUGCUUGUGGGGGCAGCAAUCUUAGGAGCCUGUGCCUCACAAGACUACAGUUCUAUCCAAGAGGCCAUGGAGAAUAUGGCUAAGGUGGGGAAAGUUAUCCAGCCCUCCAGGGACAUCCAGAGCUUCUACCAGAGGAAGAUGAAGGUGUUCCUGCGUCUCUUUGCCCACCAGAGGGAGUACACAGCCCUCAUGACGGAGUGAUGACGCUGCCCCAUGGCGACCAGCUCCCAUCCCCUUCACACAGCAGACUGCACCUGGCACCAGUGCUGGUACCUCAUGGCAGUAGAUACACAUUGGGAGCGCACUAUUGCUCCCCUAAGAUAUCACCAGUUGCCACUUACUGCAGUCUUCAACAUCAUCUGUGUGGAAGUGGAUGCGAGCGAAAAUGUAUUCCACAACGAAAGACUGAAGAAGAAUUAAAACAUUAAGAUGGUAGCUGAUGUAGACAGAAUAUUCUGGUAAACAGGUAUUACUAUGCAUUAUUAUAUGGUUACCAUUACUGAAUAACCAUACAUUAUACUCAUGUAAGAUGAGACAGCAUUUCAUAGUUUUGUCUGAAUGCUUAGUUAUGACACAUUAGGUUUGACAAUACAUCUCUGAAUCUGG